AUGGCCGAUCCUGUCGCCAAUUCAAUCGCUGGGGUGUCGCUGCUUCUCAGCCUGACCAGUUCCAUUGUUUCUGCUGGAUACGAUAUCGAGCGCGCAAUCAGAAAUGAAUGGGAGCUGACGCGCUCAUUGAAUUGGAGAGCAGACAACAAUAGCUUGAAGCAUAUGAUUCAAGUCUGUGAAGAGAUACUUGAAGGUUCUACUAAACUACCUGGAAAUUUGGGGGGUCAUAGAUCGAACCACACCUCUGCGAAUUUAGUGCAGAGUUGUGAGAACCAAGAGAAGGACACUGGAACUCUUGUAGAUACGUGUAGAAAAGUAGUUCACUACUGUUGGCAUGAUGUAUGGGCAACGGAGCCAAUACUCCGGAAGUUCGUCAACUGGGCAACUCAUAUUGGAGACUCGGCUCUUCACCAAACGCGACUUCGAAUCCCCGAAAUGUUAAGGCGGCCGUCGCCGUCUACCUUGCUUGUUAGCUGGCUCAUACUGGCUCUUGCUGUUGCAGCCUACCAUGAGACACAUCCAGGCAACAUGCGUCGAAAGGCUCUCCUCCUUGGAAGCCUCUUCAUCGCCUUGCUCAUUGGGGUAGUGGAAGGCUCGGGGACAAGUACGGUUCUCUUGACGGACUUACCAUGGUGCUUAUCAUUGGGGAUUCUGUUGGAUAUGAUCGUACAUAGAUUGUUAGUUGUGGCUCCUAUUAGAGCGAUUCAAGAGACUGGGACAAAGGAGGAAGAGUACCACAUGAUGGAGAAGGGGAUUUACUGA